UUUAAAUUGACUGGUUUCUACGCAUGCGCCAUCUAUCAGAAACCGCCCUGCGCGCUGAUUGGUUGCCGCCAUCUUGCGCGGGAAAUUGAAUUAUGAAGUAGUCGUAUUACAUUUCUUUUUAUGUUGAUGAAAGAGAAAAUCACGAUUGUAAUAUGUUAAAACAUGUUUUAAAAUCAUAAAUUUAAUUAUCAAAGGUAGAUUUUGGUGUUUAUGGCGUUAUUUUUGUGUAAAAGUAUUGUAAUUUUUGCUCGUCAACCCUCAUUGCUAGGGGUGGGGUAGGGCGAUGGUGGGGGACAGUGACUACCUGGUUCGCGGCGAGUCUGGCCGCCGUCAGUCGUGAUUGCGCCGCCGCCGCGCGAGUAUCCUAGCAGGCCACGCUGCUCGAAUCACGAUAGAAUUUACGCCUUUGAACUUUGAAAACUUUUUGCAGCGAUGCCGCUGUUACAUCAGGACAAUUCCCGCGCAGGCGGGGGCCCGGCCGAGAACCGGCGCUCGCUUGCAGAGAUCCUGGAGCUCAACACCACACAUCUUUCUGAACCUGUCUCUGCGCCCGCCAGGACCCGGAGCUUUGUGCAAGACUGCGACAACGAGUGGCGUUGGGAGGAGCCCGGCAGCCCCGAGGUCGCUCAGACCCCGCGGGCCCUCGUCCCGCCAGGCUGCUUCCCGCCGAGACACUCUGCAAGCUUCGGCAGCUACAGCGAGCGCGCCCGGCCCGGCGGCUGGGACGAGGGACAGGGCAUUACGGACCUUGUGGCGUCUUUAAAGGCCCUGGCGAUCCCGGCGAGCUCGCGGUCACACUCGCUACAGCCGCGUCUAUCUUACGACGGCAUCGAAAAAAUGGUGGAGCCCCCGUGGCCUCCUGAGCAGACCCGCGAAGCGCCAUCGAGGGCGGAUUUUAGUCUGCUGCCGCGACGGGCGUCUUUUUGUGGUGUAGUGGAGCCGCACGGGUGGUGUCGGGCGACGCGGAGUCGCUGCUGGAGCGGGACGCUGCCGCCGCGCGCGGCCGAGCCGGCGGGCGGCUGGUCGCCGAAGGUGUUCGUGGGCGGGCUGCCGUGGGACAUCACGGAGCACGCGCUGCUGCAGGCGCUGCCCUUCGCGCCUGUGCGUGUGGAGUGGCCGGGGCGCGAAGCAGGGGCCCCGCUACGCGGGUUCGGCUACGUGACGUUUGAGUCGGAGCGCCGCGUGCGGGCGCUGCUAGCGGCGAGUCGUCGGGACCGCAACGACUGGUACUUCCGCAUCGCCUGCCGCAAGCGGACCACUAAGGACGCGCAAAUCAUCCCCUGGGCCGUGGCCGACUCUUCCUGGGUGGCCGGCGGGGCUGCCAGGCUAGAACAAUCUAGAACCGUCUUCGUUGGAGCCCUGCAUGGGAUGCUGAGCGCGAGGGCUCUGGCUACGAUCAUGAACGACCUGUUCUCUGGAGUGGUGUAUGCAGGCAUAGACACGGACAAGAACAAGUACCCCAUCGGCUCCGGUCGCGUGUCAUUCGGCAACGCUCGCUCCUACGUACGAGCGAUCGCCGCUGCUUACGUUACCAUCCGCACGCCCAAGUUCUCCAAAAAGGUGCAGGUGGACCCAUACCUGGAGGACUCCAUGUGCUCGAUGUGCAAUCUGCAGCAGGGGCCCUACUUCUGCAAGGAGCCAGUUUGCUUCCGUUACUUCUGCCGCUCGUGCUGGGCGUGGCAGCACGCUGGCGAGGAGCACCGCCCGCUCAUGCGCAGCUCCGCGCACAAGGCGCCCCGGGACGACUUCAUGUACACGGGCACUCCCUCCCCGGCGACGUCCGGCACGUCGGGCACGUCCGGCUCCGGCGCGUCGGCCGGCGACAGCGAGCCCGCGCUGCCCGACGACUACCGCCGCCGCCGGGACUAGUGGCCGCGCUAUACUCCAUUCCGGUACACGCUACUGCACCCGGACCUAACACCUAAGGGAUAUAACGUUCGUUCUAAACUUUGUCAUUUGUGUACGGAUGAACUACGUAAACUCCUUUAGUCUGUAUCAAAACCUUGUCCCUUUCACGUGAUCAAAAUUUUCUAUUCGUGUUGAGAACACUAUAAAGUAGACAUGUGAUACAAAUGUCGUACCUUGUACGACUGGCUUGACACACUUACAAAAUAAUUUUGUUAAGUGGUUGGCUUGCCAGUUGUGCCAGCUACAGGCACUUGUACCGCAGGCUGUCAGAACGCUGCAGUAAUAUAAAAUUUCGUAUAUUCUGCGAUUACAUGCGUUCAAUGUCUAUCGCAUAAAACAAUCGCGUGCUUUAGAAUAGUAAUUUUCAAAUUAUAAAGUAACAUCUUACUAUCAAGUGUUCUCACGUGAAAUUAGGUAGAAUGCGUACUGUGUAACCACUAGAAUGAAAACGAAACUUCAUAUUUUAGUACUU